CUUUUUGUUUUUUUAUGCUGGACUUGUUGUGUUAUGCAACUACCUCUUUUCUUCCCAAGCGGUUGAGGUGAAGAACUGCCGCCAGCUCUAUAUAUAUACGGGAUCAGUUUAUCAUUGUCUUGAGGGACCUUAGAAGUUUGCUUCCUGUGGUAUUGCGCCCAUGCUAAUUGCACGAGACGAGAUCCUUCUCUGUGGUUCCGAUGUUAGCCAUUUGAAGCUUGAAGUCGCGAAAGAGUACCACCACACGAUUUCGUUCGUUCUCUUCGAUUAUCAACAAACAAAGUUCAUGUCUGAACUCGACGUCCAGAUUCCUACUGCCUUUGAUCCAUUCGCUGAGGCAAAUGCUGAGGACGCUGGUGCGGGCUCAAAAGAGUAUGUGCAUGUGCGCAUACAGCAGCGGAAUGGUAGGAAGUGUCUGACGACUGUGCAAGGACUGAAGAAAGAGUUCAGCUACAACAAGAUCUUGAAAGAUCUCAAGAAGGAAUUUUGCUGCAAUGGUACCGUAGUACAGGAUCCAGAAUUGGGCCAGGUUAUCCAACUUCAAGGGGAUCAGCGAAAGAAUGUUUCUACCUUCCUGGUUCAGGCUGGUAUUGUAAAAAAGGAACAUAUAAAGAUCCAUGGUUUUUAAGGGGGGAGGUUAUCGAUGUUACUGUUACUAUUACGUGAAUGCGUGGACAAAGUGUGGUGUCUUGUCGGACGUUCUAGCAAUAUUUUGUAGUGUGGUGUCUAAGGGGUGUCCCGCCCUACAUACAUUCUAAUGCUGUGCACCUCCCUCCCGGAGACAGCGGCAUAUAUGUGAUGGGUUGUUCGGUGGAACGCUUUAUCUAUUAUACUAAGAAAUACAACUUUAGCACUUCUUUCAAAA